AUGGGCCGCCACUCUCGCCAAGCUGACUAUCAGUCAUCCAGCGACAGCGAGUAUUCCGAGGGAGAAAGCAUUGCAGACAGCAAUUCUGACACCGACCUGACGGAGUCUGAGGAUAAGGCCGAUCAACUACGCCAUGCUGGCGAUGCGGCCUUACUAUUUGCCGACAAUGAACACACCCCAGACUACUACAUUCAGCAACUUCAAAACUUUGACGAAACGGUCUAUACUCAGGAAGAUUAUGGAAAGGGCACUACGGCUCUCCUCAACCGUGUUGAGGAGAAAUGGUCCCAGUUCUGCUGUUUUAUUCGAAAGGAUCCCAACGAGGAAUACCACCGUAUAUCGAUUCCGAUUUUGUACAGUUUCCUCGAGUGGGCUCUUAACUUACGACGCGGUAAAAGUGGAAGAAGACUCCCGGGUAUCAAGUGCAAAAGCUCUCUGGACACGUUCUGGAAAGUAUUCCGACUAGUCUACGAAAGAUCUACUUCAAAUAAGAUCGACAACAAGAUGAACCGCCGGAUGCGUCGAGUGAUUCGACGGUUGGCCAAAAAGUACAGAUUGUCGAUCUCAGGGCGAGACAAACCUCCUAUGGACGUCGAGGAUCUGGCAAAAGUCGUGGAGACCACCAUCAGCACAACCAAGAAAAAGUUCGGACAUGGCCGCCACCGUAUUGAGCUUGGACUGUUCUUGCAACUUGCAGGCCUCACGACAAACCGACCGCAAGCCAUUCUCAAUCUGCGAUAUCGUCAUAUCCAAGUGAGCCUCCUCCGUGAUCCGCAAGGCGGUCCACAUCGAAUUGUGAUUGAGUUCACAUUUGAAUUUACUAAGGAGUGGCUGGGUGCUAAGGACUCAAACACGUAUAUCCUCCCCGAAAUAAUUUUCGAUCCUUCCUUGGUUCUCAGCCCGCACGUGUUCCUGUUGGGACUUCUCUUUGCAGACCGAGCCUUCGACCGUGUCGACGGCGAAGAGGUACUUGUCCUUGCAAGUCAACUUCCCCGACUCCAAAUUCGAGAUGGGUGUAAUGAGUUGCGGUUACAGCUUGACCCAGCGAUGGAUGAUGUGCCAGUCUUCCGGAUAUCUGAGCGGACUUUCGAUGGAAUCAAAAUCUCACCCAACAAACUGCUCCCUUAUUCCACUUUGGAGCCAUGGGUCAAGAAGAUGGGUGUGAUUACAGGGAUUCGGCAGGUGACACGGCCUUAUAGUUUACGAUAUGGUGCGGGAACAGCUUUAGACAGUAGUGGUUCCGUCAGCGAUUCACUUCGCAAUCUGGUGAUGCACCAUGCGGAUACACGGACAUUUUUGAAAUUCUACCUCAGUAGAAGAAUCAACAAAAACCUACCCGCGAUUAUUCGCGGCCUCGAUCCAGAGGAAGACAUUAUGCGCGCGGCUUGCCGGAUGAGCCGAACUAUCGACCCAGAUAGGCCGCAAGAGCUAACAACCGAGCAAUCAUCUUCUGUCAAUCGCCAAUCGGAAAUUGCAGAUUUGAUACGCCGGCGCGAUGAGAUCAGUCAUGAUCUAGGGCGCCCUCUGUCGAGACACAAAGGAACACCAAAGUACGAGAUGUACAAGAAACUAAACCAGGAGUUAGCAGGAGCCAAGAAGCGGGCACAAGACACGUUACUCGCAAAAAUCCAAAGCAAAUAUGACCGAGAGCAACCAAUGCUUGAGAUAAAACGCCAAUUAUCCGGUACUCAGCCAGCGAAGUCUACGAUUAAAUUGCUGGAGUGCUCCACAGAGGUCCCUCUCCCUCAACGACGACUAAUAAAGAGCCUUUUGACUCUACCUCGACCAACAUUACAGGAAGAGAUGGCUCGUCGGACAGAAGCCAUCGAUGCAGUGGCUGCUUAUUGUGAAUUCCAAGAAGGCGACACCUGCCGUUUGCCACGGAAUAAGCGAGUUGAGAACCGAAUUGCUGAGACCAAGGUCUCUGAUGAUCAACCGUUGGAAAAAGAAGCAAUGGAUAUCAGCUUUCAUGCAGGAACAACACUCGAAUCUGCCCUCCAAUCUGUUGUGACGGAUCACCGGCCCUUGUUUUGCUUUAUAUGUUUGGGCCAAGCGGACCUGGACUUUUCUUGCCGUGUUCAAAAGUUUUCCUCGCAUGGAGAUGUCACCAAACAUAUCAAGCGAAAGCAUUUGAAAACAUUCAUGAAAAGCACGAUUAUCGCAUGUAAUGUCUGUGAUGAGAAGUUCACUGAGGUCAUGCAUUUUCAGCGGCAUGCAAAUGAUUCUCACAAGACUGUUACGGGGCCUCUUUGUGGCAGAUAG